AAUAACCCUGAAGUUCCCUGAGAUCAGCUGAUCAACAGUGACAACAAGGGGGAAAACAAGCGAUUUUGGGACUGGCCCUUAUAUCUACCGGGGCACCAGGUUCACACGCUGGGAUCCAGAGAGUUAAAUCCUUUUAUCGGGGUGGGAAGGGAUCCCUCCCUGCCCACCGCCCGGGUUUAAUAGUUAAAAAGAGGAGCCGGGGGAGGAGACAACGAUUUGAUUACUUAGUCACUGAGACUUGCAGGGAGGAAAAGGAGGAGGAAGAAGAUGCCUAUUGUUUUAUAAACAAUAGAUCGGGCUGCAGCGUUCUUCUACAUUGCGAAGAAAAGACUUGGCUUACAUUUUGGAGGCAUAUCAGAUUGUUUUUCUUACAUGUAUCCAAGUUUAUUGUGACUUUAAGUGUGAACUUUACAGCCCCCCCCCCCAAGUCAUUAUGGAAAUUUGUAUUUACAAUUCUUAGGCCAAGUGGGAUUUUUAAAAUACAUUUUAUGAAAGCAUCAUAGAAGUGAAGAAUCAAAACUGAUACAUAUAUCCCAGCUUUUAUAGUUUCCUCUCUUAAGACAAGAACUAAUUUUAGUCCUUUGGCAAAUCAAUGUAUGUAUCUGAUAAAAACCCCAGUUUUAUAAAGUAAUAAUUUGUGGAAGAUGAGUGCCCAACCUCCAUCUGUAGAUAAAGGACUGAAUACCACACUUUUGUGUCAAGAAAGCUAUGCUUGCAGUGGCACAGAUGAAGCAAUCUUUGAAUGUGAUGAAUGUGGAAGCUUGCAGUGCCAGCGUUGUGAAGAAGAACUGCAUAGACAAGAAAGACUUAGAAAUCAUGAACGGACUCGAAUCAAACCUGGCCAUGUCCCAUACUGUGACACCUGCAAAGUUACAAGUGGCAGCAUCCUGCAGAACAAUAUCAUAAGCUCUAGACAAAGGGCAACAGUAAGGUGCCAAGCAUGCAAAAUAAACUUAUGUUUAGAGUGUCAGAAGAGAACUCAUGCUGGUGGAAACAAGAGGAAACAUCCCAUUACCGUAUACCAUAGUGGCAAACAUCAUGGGCAGCAAGAGGAGGAAGGAAUGGAUGAGGAGGCCAAGAGGAAAAAGAUGACAGAACAUGUGGUAAGCUUCCUGCUGGUGGAUGAAACAGAGGAGAUUCAGGUGGAGAACGAAGAAGAAUUUAUCAGGAAACUGAACUGCAAGCCUGACCAACAUGUAAAGGUGGUGUCUAUUUUUGGGAAUACAGGGGAUGGGAAGUCUCAUACCCUUAACCACACCUUCUUUUAUGGCCGCGAAGUCUUUAAAACAUCUCCAGCACAGGAGUCUUGUACAGUAGGUGUUUGGGCUGCCUAUGACCCUGUUCAUAAAAUGGUAGUGAUUGACACAGAGGGUCUUCUUGGUGCCAUGGAGAAUCUAAGUCAGAGGACCCGGCUGCUUCUGAAGGUCCUGGCUAUUUCAGAUCUCAUCAUCUACCGUACACAUGCUGACAGACUCCACAAUGAUCUCUUCAAAUUUCUUGGAGAUGCAUCAGAAGCAUAUCUGAAACACUUCACCAAAGAACUGAAAGCAACCACAGCCCGUUGUGGGUUGGAUGUCCCAUUGUCCACUUUGGGGCCUGGAGUCAUUAUCUUUCAUGAAACUGUGUAUACACAGUUAUUGGGUGCUGAUAAUCCUUCUGAGGUGCCUGAGAAACUAAUUCAGGAUCGAUUCCGCAAACUUGGUCUCUUUCCCGAAUCCUUCAGCUCAAUCCAUUACAAAGGGAUAAGGACACAAAACCCGCCAACAGAUUUUUCUAGUCUCAGGCACUCUGUGGAGCUGCAGCUAGAAAAUAAUACCACCCGUUCUCCACGUCCUCCUGGAGUUAUCUACAAAGCACUCAAAGCAUUAAGUGAUCGGUUCUGUGGUGAAAUUCCAGAUGAUCAGAUGGCUCAUAGCUCCUUCUUUCCAGAUGAGUAUUUUACCUGCUCCUCUGUAUGUCUCAGCUGCGGAAGUGGGUGUAAGAACAGCAUGAACCAUGCAAAAGAAGGAAUGCCCCAUGAAGCUAAGAAUCGCUGUAGAUACACUCAUCAGUAUGAUAAUCGAGUAUUCACUUGCAAGAACUGUAGGAAAUGUGGUAUAUCUUUUAAAGAUAAUGACACCAAGCACCACUGUCGGGCCUGUGGAGAAGGUUUUUGUGAUGGUUGUUCAUCCAAGACCCGCCCUGUCCCGGAACGUGGUUGGGGACCCACACCUGUGCGCGUAUGCGAUAGCUGUUAUGACAACAGGGGCGUUCAGUUAGAAGUGGCUGAAGCAUCAACAGAUGAGGAAGGAGGGACACUGAUUGCCAGGAAAGUUGGUGAAGCUGUGCAGAACACACUUGGGGCUGUGGUAACUGCCAUUGACAUCCCACUGGGUCUUGUGAAGGAUGCCGCGAGGCCUGCCUACUGGGUACCUGACCACGAGAUCUUAUACUGCCACAAUUGCCGGAAGGAAUUCAACAUCAAAUUGUCAAAGCAUCACUGUCGUGCUUGCGGCCAGGGCUUCUGUGAUGAAUGCUCCCAUGAGCGCAGAGCUGUCCCUUCCCGUGGUUGGGAUCAUCCAGUUAGAGUCUGUUUUAAUUGCAAUAAAAAGCCUGGUGAUCUUUAACCCCAACUUUCCUUCUGGGCACGCAGUAACACCAUAGCUUCUCAGGGUUAAGAUAAAAAAGGAAAAAGAAACACUAGGGAGAAUGCAUGCUCCUCAAGUCUAGCCUUCUUUACAUGUGUAGAUUUCAGUAAUGUGGAAUAAUCAAUAGCCCAGAGAAGGCUUGAUUACCAGUUGUGAUCAUGGAAGUUGGGGAUUGGAGUAUGUGGAGAAGCUUGCAAUAAAUUGAGGAAUCCCAAAUCCAGUAUAUACCAGUCAACUGUUAUGUAUUUCUGUAUCCCUAUAAUGUAGUAUGUUAAAUGCAGUUGGCUGAUGAAGCAGUUAUAAUUUACUGUUAACAUUGAAACAUAAAUAGAAAUUGGAUUUUUUUAAAGUGUAAUGGAUCAAGCACAACCUCUUGAGUGCCUUGGGAUUCAUUUGUUUGAAGCAUUCUGCUACUUACAGCAUCAUGAAUUUCAAUAAUUGUGAUUCUACAAGUUGGUCACUUGAAAUAAUCACCAUUCAUGAGCCUUGAUUUUGGAUACAGAGUACCAGGCCUUUGGUCUGGCCAUUGCAACUCUAUCACCCUUAUUUAUUUUAUCCUUUUCUGGCUUCCUUCUGCUGGUAGGGUCUUCCCAGUCAAAGCUGGAAAGAGGAGGAAUGCUGUUUAUUACUUUGUUUGUGGUCUAAUGUGCAAGAUUGGAAGCUCUUGUAUUAAACACAGUUUAAGUUUGGAGAGAAAUUAAAUUUGUGCCACAAACCCAAAACGUAUCUAUUAAAGCCAUUCCAAUUUAAUUCUGAGGUGAUGAAUCCUUAACUUUUCUUAUCCACAAACUUGUGAGGUUGUGGAUUUCUUUGUGAUAUAUUCUCAUUUCUUCAUCAAACAACUCCAGACUGAAAGCAGUGGUAAGUACGAAGCAAACUUCCAUACCUAGCAGUGUAGUGUUUGUUUAGCUUCCCAAGCUUUAGUUUUUUGUAAGCUGGCAAAUGUCUGAAAGGACCCUCAAAGCACUCAAACAAAACUGAAAAUGGGCAAUCCUCCAGGUGUACAAGCAAUUGAGACAAUGGCAUUGAGACAAUGGCAUUUUUUUUACAACAGUACUGAACCAUUGUGAGGCAUUGAUCUAAUCACUGAAUAAAAUCAUAGGAUUAGGCUUUUCUGUGCAUCUUGUUACAAUGAUAAGAUACCAUCAGAAGCUUAAUUUUAAAAAAUCCCUUUUUGCCUCUUCUGAGUCAAAUGGCACAUUCCUGUGGUGGAGACUAUCUACAUUAAUAAUGGCUGGACUUUGGCAUGAUAUCUAACACUGUUUUCCAAUUUAUUAAGUAUAUUCUUGUAUAUCUUGACACCUGAAAUCCUGUUGUAGGACUGUAUUAAAUUAAGUGCUAUAAAGGACUUACCCCAUCUGAACAAGUGUGAUUUUUUUCUGAAUGCCUGCCUAGUCUUACGCUGUCACUAGAGAGAAAAUAUAGUAUUGACUUUGUAUAUCAAAACAGAAUUGGAUUAUAUAGUAACACAUUUCUGAAUUAUACAUGAUUUAAUAUGUAUUUUGUUAUUAGAAACUGAAUAGUCUUUAUGUCCUCAUAUAUAAUUCUAUCCUCCAAGGUGGAGGAUUUCCCCCCCAAUAUUAUUUUUAGUUUUGACUUGUGGUGGAACAUAAAAAUGCAAUUUGUUUGUACACUGUGUGUUCUUCAUGCAUGUAGCUAUUCCACCAUGUUAUUGCACAUACAGAAAUACUGAACGUUCCUCAUAUAAAAUAUUCACUUGCAAGCUU